CUACUGUGCGACAAUAUCUUCCAAGAGGCUUUCGUCGUCUCCACCCACUCAGAAAUAGCGGCCAUGGAAACCUCCCAGGUGUCGUCUUCUAGCAAGCAGGACUUGCGUGAGUCUUUGACCAUAGCGGUUCGGAGGGAGCCGGGGUCACAAGGGACACCCUCAGAAGCCGAUUGGGAGCUGCACAAGGCGACCAUCAUCGACAUCUACAAGCGGACGAACAUGGGGCGGUUGCAGAGGGAGAUGGAGACCUUGCAUGACUUCAAAGCUACCAAGCGCAUGUACGACCGUCGGUUUCGAAAAUGGGAGGUGGCCAAGAACAUGAGCAAAUCCGACAAGGUCAAGAUACUAGCCAGUCUUGAUGGUGAACCAAAGGCGCACUCGGCAGCGCUACGACUGAGCCGGAAAGACUGGGAAAAGAUUGAAAGCCAGCGCAAACCAGGCGAGUUUCUCACCAUCGAUGCCCCCGGUUUUGUCGGACGACGCAAGAACGCGGACAGCUUAUUGUCUGCUCAGAAACGUGGAGGACAUCAAGCACGCAAUACGCUCUGGAAGGACAACAUCUUCGCCCGCGUCGACCACCGCCCAUGGGAUCCUCCGCGCGCAGAUGAGCGGCACCUCGUUCGAGUCCUUCGACUUCGUCUGGGAUAUCUUCGCGACGCUCUCGUCCCCACUAACAUCAUCUUGUCGCUGGGACAUGGUGCUGCCCAGGAAGAAUGGCGUACAAAAUAUCUCCCAACCAUUUUGGAUCCGGUGGAUGACGAGACACACCACCAUCCUUGGCUUUAUUUUGUCUUGUCUAAGGGCAUCUGA